GUGCCUUCUGUUGACUUAAUUGUUCCUUUUUUGCAUUAAAUGGAAAAAAAUAUGUGCGCAGCAAAGCAUAAUUAGAUGAGGGGGAAACGUCGCUUAAGAUUCAUAAACAUUAUUAGAAACGGUGGGGAAAAAAAAGUCUCCUAAGUAAUAAAUAAUGUAGAAAACAGACGAGAGACUAUGGCAUACCCGCGUGAUAUAUCAUGAAAGACGUUUGCCGUACUUGCACUUUUCCAAUGAAAAAAAUGUAUUUUCCUACUGUCACUCCAGGCAAAUUUUUGACAUUCAUUGAGCGCAGACUGUAAAUACGUGCGGACUGAGUAGCGAGCCGUGCGGAACAUGACCAGUUUUAUAUGUAGAAUAUAAUGUCAAAAGUCAAUAGCCCCACGGUAGAGCCUUGUGGAACACCACUAAUAUCUAUCCAUGCGGAGGGGGGGGGGUCAUUGUCUUACGACUGAGUUGUGUCCUUUGGCAGGUGAGUUUUUAUGUAAAUAAAAGAUUAAUGUUUCCUAAAUGUAUCCCUCCCCAUGAACGAUAAUAGCAAAGUACCGCCCACAACCGUGAGCUCAGCCAAUCUCGGCUCUCUUCAUUGGUUUGGCACAUGCGACCAAUCAGGAAACGGGCGACUGUGACGUCAUUGUGCAAUCAAAGUUGCCGUGGAGCGCGUGAGGAGUGCGACGUAGUUUUGGAGUCAAGAGUGGAGCUGGAAAGUAGCAUCGCGGUGCACGGGAGGCAACUAAGCCGGGCGGCGACCGCGCCAGCAUCCCGGGACCGCCAAGUGGGCUUAAAAGACGCCGAACCGCGACGACUUCUCGCCAUGUGCACGUCGUCGCUCGCCUGAUUUCUUGGCCGCUUUUUCUUUCUCUCCGUCGACGUCGGAACAACCGAGCGGUGCCGAGUUCAAGUCGUCAUGACGGAAAUCAGCGACAAGGAGAACGAACCGCAGCGGCGGGACCUCCAGAGACCACCGGCCACUGGACCCAGCCAACCGGAGUCCAAGCUGCAGCGUCUGAAGCGUUCGCUGUCCUUCAAGUCCGUGAUGCGCAGCAAGAGCGUGGACAACUUCUUCCAGCGCGGCAACGUCGACCCGCGGCCCCCCUGCAUGCUCAUCAUCCCGCCUACGCCCGCCUUGUCCGAGUCGCCCCUGGCCUACGAGCGCUCGCUCUCGCCGGCCGUCAGCCCCGAGCCGUCGCCCUCGGCGUUGUCGUCGCGCUCGCCCCCCGUCAGUCCCUCGCUGUCCCUGAGCGCCACGGUUCAGCCGUCCCCGGCGGCGCUCAAGACUCACAGUUUCCACGAGCACGUCUUCCGCAGGCCGACCAACUGCGAGCGUUGCAAACACUCGAUCCAAGGCAACUCCAAGCAAGGCCUGCGCUGCAAAGCCUGCAAAAUGGCCGCCCACCUGUGGUGCUCGUCGGAGUUGUCACAGCAGCCCUGCACUGGCAAGACGGGAGCUUUUAAGCGCAACUUCAGCUCGCCUCUACUGACCACAGAGCCGCUGGGCGUCGUCAGGGAGACGCCCGAGGUGCACGAAGUCGGCCACGCCGCGGUGGACCCCGUCUACGAAGCGCUGCGUUACGGGACGUCGCUGGCGCAAAUGAGUCGUUGCAGCUUCGGCAGCAUCUCCGAGUCGCCCUGCCACCAGGCUGAAAAACUCCCUGACAAGCUGGAGAAUCAGCCAAUCGCUGAAGAGGAACCCAUUCCAGGAAUGCUCACCCCUCCUGAAAGCGAGAAGGCAGAUUCCGAAGAGCGAGUUAGCCUUAAGACUCCCAGACGUGUGGCGGUCCACUCCAUGCACACCUACGUGGCACUCUACAAGUUCCUGCCUCAGGAGAACAACGAUUUGGAACUACAGCCCGGCGAUCGAGUCAAAGUCACCGAUGACGCCAACGAGGACUGGUGGAAGGGGAAAAGCCGCAACAAGGUGGGCUAUUUCCCGGCCAACUUCGUGCAGCGGGUGCGCCCGGGAGAGCGGGUGUGGAAGGUCACGGCGGGUUUCCACGGCAACCGAGACAAAGGCCAGAUGACGGUGAAGGAGGCCCAGAUCUGCGUGGGCAAGAACGAGGAGACGGACGGCUUCCUCCGGCUGAGCAGUGGCAAGAAGCGAGGCUUGGUGCCGGCGGAACUUUUACUUGAAAUUUGACGUCGGCUGCUUGUGACGUUCAUACGUGUUAUCGGUCAUAAAAUCAAAAACACUCUCGCCCGCGCAACGAACAGCUGACAACAGCUUUGCUUGUUUUGUUUUCCGUCGAGCUCCGUUUCUUGUAGCGCAAAAGUGGGCAAACGGGAAGUCUGGCUACCUCACCGCUGAAUGGGACUUCGCAAGCCUACGGGGAGACUUCGCGUCGCGCACGUUCUGUCCUUUUAUUCUUUAUUUGCACAUAAUAAUAAUUAUCAUGACCAACUAGAAAACAUAUUUGUCCAAUUUCGGAUGCAGUGGAACCCUUAAGCUUCUGCAAUCACGUUCAUGCUAAUCGCUAGCCGUCGUGCAUUUUGAACGAGUUGUGAUUAAAUGUCGCGGGAAUUUUCACAGUUUUUUUUCCCUCUUUGGCUGUCACAAAACGCAAAGAGAAAGCCAAAGAAAUAGCGAAAAGCACUUGCGGUGCUCAUCCCUAUCGAAUUUAGGGGCCGGGCGCAUUUUUUGGAAUUUUGUGAGGGGGCGACGGCGGCAACACAUUUGACGGGAUGGAAAGAACAGGCCGGCCGUGCUUUUCUCGGCCCUGCUUCGGAUGCUCGGCGAGCUGAAGUCUUUCGGCUUUUAGCGGUCGUUUGGUCUCCAAAUUUUGCCUUAAAUUUGCGGCGUUCCACUUGGGCGGAGGUUCUCCCCGCCGCCGAUGUACGCUAACCCGGCGUCUCGUCACACUAAAUUCGACAUUUUCCAAUCUGCCUUACGUACGGCCGAAUGGCGCGCCGACCGCUCGGGCGUGAAAAGCAAUAAGUGUACAUAAAACGCAGUUAGCCUUCUCGUGUCACUCGGAUCGUAGAGCCAUGCAGGAAGCGACUAAUAAGGGCAUUGAUAUCUCACUUUCGGGCAGCGGAGCCUCACCACGGUGCAUCCACAAAGUGGUUUCGUCCACUCGGCCGAUUUGGCCCGUUUGCACGUUCUCCCCGUGCCUGCGUGGGUUUUCUCCGGGUGGGCUCUUUGGUUUCCUCCCACAUCCCCAAAACAUGCAACAUUAAUUGGAUCCUCUAAAUUGCAUUUGUGCUGGCGACCAGUCCGGGGUGUACCCUUCCUCCGGCCCGUUGACAGCUGGGCUCCCCGCGACCCUCGUGAGGAUAAGCGGCUAAGAAAAUGGAUGGAUGGACGACAGCGACAAAAUCAUUUUGAGUACAGGAACCACAACAACAACAUUUGUGCUAAAUUACUUCCCACCAUUGUUUUAUUUUGUUGUCGUAUUGAAUUGAAUACAAUGACCCCCCCCCCCCCCCACACACACACACACACACACACACCCCAAUUCCCAUUUAUAUGGAACCGGCGCAACCUUUUGUGAGGAUAAGUGGAAAAAAAAAAUGAUUAAUGGAUGGAUAAAAGCGCCCCCACCCCACAUUUUCUCAUGUCACAACCUAAUUCCAAAAUGGAUUCAAUUCACCCUCCCUUGUAGAAAAAUCUUCUCCCGAGUUUGGAAUAUUCAUCUUUGGCCAAUUCUGCCAAUUUUGCUCAUUUGCAAAGUAUUUACAACCACUCACCUUUUUCCACAUGUUCUUCAUAUGUUAGAGCCUUAUCCCAAAAUUGCGUCAAUAAUUUAUUUUCCCCCCGAAAAUUCCCAUAAUGGGCGAUGUGUUGUGAAUACUUUCCGGAUCUCCAUAUUUCCUUCUUUUUCCGGGAUUUCUCCUAUUGCGGCGUUGAGGAACAUGAAUUUUGAGCUGCAAAUACUUUGUGGGUGCACUGUAUUUAUUCCCAUUGAAUGCGUUGACCUUAACCGACUAUGCACACCCGCAUUUAAGUCGCCUGCUCUGUUUUUGUCCACACACACACACUCUUGGGCUCAGGAUCCCUUUUUCGGUAUCGAUAAUAAUAAAAUG